AAAGAGAAGAGAUGCUUCCACGCUAACAAUUCAACUGUACAAAUCUUGCACGCAAAUCCCUCUCUUUUUGUCUCUUUCUCUCACUACAUUUCUCAUUUUCUCUCACUACAAAAAAACCAAAUUUAUUCAUAAACAAGUCAAUAAAAAAAUAAAGAACCAUGGCUCUACUUGUUUCUGCUUCUUCCAUACCCAAUUCCAAAUUCUUAACACAAACCCAACUCAAACAUCCCACCUUUUUCUUUAACACAAUCUUCGCUACCCCAAAAUUUCCCAAGAGAAGGCAUAAAUUUUCUCCGCUCUGUGUGGCGGCACCUCCGUCGUCUCCGUCUGUAGAGAAGGCGGAGCAGGAGUUUGGAGUCUAUGAUGAGAGUGGAGAAGAGAGUGGUGAGACGAAAUUUUCAUGGAGGGAUCACUGGUAUCCGGUUUCUUUAAUUCUGGAUUUGGACCCUUCCUUGCCUACUCCGUUUCAGCUUUUGGGUCGAGAUUUGGUUCUUUGGUUCGAUUCGGCUAAUCAAGAAUGGGUUGCUUUUGAUGAUAAAUGUCCUCACAGGCUUGCUCCUUUAUCUGAAGGGAGAAUAGAUGAAAAUGGGCAUUUGCAAUGUUCAUAUCAUGGGUGGUCUUUUGACGGGUGUGGAUCUUGCACGAGGAUUCCUCAGGCCAUGACAGAAGGUCCUGAAGCUCGCGCAGUCAAGUCUCCUAGAGCUUGUGCAACUAGAUUUCCUACUAUGGUGUCCCAAGGACUUCUCUUUGUUUGGCCAGAUGAAAACGGUUGGGAAAGAGCGCACGCCUCCAUACCUCCAAUGUUACCUGAUGACUUUGAUAAACCCGAAUUCUCAUCAGUUACGAUUCAGCGUGAUUUGUUCUAUGGUUAUGAUACGCUCAUGGAGAAUGUCUCUGAUCCUUCCCACAUUGAUUUUGCUCAUCAUAAGGUUACAGGAAGGAGAGAUAGAGCCAAGCCUUUGCCAUUUCAAUUGGAGGGUAGUGGCACUUGGGGAUUUUCCGGUGCCAAUGAGGGAAAUCCACGGAUCAGUGCUAAAUUUGUUGCACCUUGUUACUACAUAAACAAAAUAGAGAUAGACACAAAGCUCCCUGUAGUAGGUGAUCAGAAAUGGGUUAUAUGGAUCUGUUCCUUUAAUGUGCCAAUGGCACCUGGGAAAACCCGUUCGAUUGUCUGUAGUGCUCGAAAUUUCUUCCAGCUAUCAAUGCCGGGGCCUGCCUGGUGGCAGGUGGUUCCUAGAUGGCUCGAGCACUGGACAUCAAAUCAAGUAUACGACGGAGAUAUGAUUGUUCUUCAAGGUCAAGAGAAAGUUUUUCUCUCUGAAUCAAGGGGAGGUUCAUCCGAUGUGAACGAGAACUACACAAAACUCACAUUCACACCCACUCAAGCUGAUCGCUUUGUCUUAGCCUUUCGUAACUGGCUGAGGCGACAUGGAAACAGUCAACCGGAGUGGUUCAGUUUUAAUGCUCAACAACCUUUGCCAUCGACAGUCUUCUCAAAACGUCAGAUGUUGGACAGAUUUGAGCAACAUACCCAGAAAUGUUCAUCCUGUAAAAAGGCAUAUGCAACAUUCCAGACAUUGCAGAAAAUUCUGAUUGGCGCAACGGUUGCUUUCUGUGCAACAGCUGGAAUUCCCUCAGAUUUGAACUUAAGGAUCGUCUUGGCUGCGCUCGCAAUUCUAAGUGCUGUGUCAGCAUAUAUUUUGAUACGACUAGAAUCGAACUUUGUUUAUGUUGAUUAUGUACAUGCGGAAAUUGAAUAACCCAUUUCUAGAUUCAUCAGUUUUAUAGGUUAUUAGAACAAAUUUUUAGUGAAAGUAAAAAUAUAGAAAACAGUGUCUUAUAUGUACAGAACUAUUGGUUUUGAUAAAUUUUAUAAAUUAAUUUUUUUCUCCGGUUA